GAGAGAGCCGCACGAGACCAAGCGCGCAUUUCUGACCGCAACUGACAAACUUGCUAUCCGUGCUGUAUUUUCUCGUUUCAAGAAAGGUGUUUUUAUUCGUUUUUCUCCUACAUGUGUUAAGAGAAAAAGGAUUAAAGUCUAAUCCUAGCUGGACUUAAUUCGAUUCUUUUGGGAUUUGCCUUUGGAAAAUCUGUGGACUUUUUGUAUCAUUACAAGUGACGAGAAAAGCUCAUUUAUAAACUUGCUCGGAUGUACUUUUCUGUUUCAUUUGAGUUUGGAAAAGUUUAGAAACAGUCCUGUUGUUGUACUGUAUUUUAGAAUUAUUCGUAUUAUUAUGGGAGCGCGCUCACGCGAACACUUGACCAGUCUCGACUGUUUUAUACACAUGGAGGGUUUUUGUUUUACACAGGGACAGUGUCACUCCCAUUUCCAAUGCCUAAUGUGAAAUCCCGUGGUUUUGACGAGCUCCAGCAAGGCUAUGAGAAUGAGCACGGACCUGGAGCGCGUUUCUCUCAAGUCGGGCGCGAACUCGCUAGGCUCCGGUGGCCGUGCCUUAUCCGUGAACGUGAAGAAGUUACACAACGCGCUCAACGUGCUGCUGGACGACUUGGAGAGAGAGCAGUUUAUCCACUGUCUCAACGUUUACCACGCUAAGCGUAAUGUCUUCGACCUCGUGCAGACCCUCAAAGUCAUUCUCAACACCCCCAACAAGCGCCAAUUGUUACCCAUGCUGCGUCUCGUAAUACCCCGCUCGGACCAACUGCUUUUCGAUCAGUACACAUCGGAAGGUCUCUAUUUGAAAACUGAUCUGCUAUCGAAUGUUAAACAUGAGUGCUCGGAAGAAAUAAGCAGCAUGAAUGAUCACGCAGCAGGAGCAUCCUCGGUACACUUUCUUCCCGAGUCGGAGCACCCCGGUCCCAGUCAGGGGUGUGCGCGCGCAGCUCCAGUUUUCAGCACCCCGCAUGAGGGGACAGCUCCGGCUGGCACGUGUUUGAGCUCUGCGUCUGAUGAAAUUCGGCAGGUUACGCUGAAACGGAGCAAGAGCCAUGAAGGCCUAGGGUUCAGCAUACGGGGUGGAUCAGAGCACGGAGUUGGGAUCUAUGUGUCUUUGGUGGAACCGGGAUCUUCCGCCGAGAGAGAGGGACUGAGAGUUGGAGACCAGAUCAUUAAAGUCAAUAACAUGGUGUUUGACCGAGUCACUCAUGGAGAGGCAGUCAAGGUGCUAAAAGGUUCAAAGAAGCUCUCCAUCUCUGUCUGCUCGAUGGGCCGGAUCCCAGGUGGUUAUGUGACCAAUCACGUAUACACAUGGGUGGACCCUCAGGGUCGCAGCGUAUCCCCACCUCCAGACCUGCUGGACCAACAUCAGGAUAUCCAGCAACAUGGAUAUGUACAGCAUGGCAGUGCUGAGAGGAGGGUGAACAUCUCUCUGGAUGACGGACGAUCUCUGGGUCUGAUGAUUCGUGGAGGUGCUGAGUACGCUUUAGGCAUCUACAUCACUGGGGUAGAUCGUGGCUCGGCUGCAGAGUACAGUGGACUAAAGGUAGGGGAUCAGAUUCUGAAUGUCAAUGGUUGUAGCUUCCGGAGCAUUCCUCAUGAUGAAGCUGUGCAGAUCUUGAAGAAUUCCUGCCACAUGCUGAUGACCAUAAAGGACGUGGGUCGGCUGCCUCAUGCACGUACCGUGGUGGACGAGACCAAGUGGAUCCCCAGCGCACAGAUCGCUGAGAGCUCAGCCAAUAGUAACACUCAGAGCUGUCUAUCUGUUGAUGUUGGAGAAAGUUCAGGAAAGUCAGUCUGCUGGAAAGGUGUUUUGCCAGCACCUGGAGCCGUGCGAGUCGGAGCGUGGAGCUCGCUGGAGGAACAGGCAUACAUGCUUCUGACCGAGACAGAGAGGCAAACCAUGAGCUAUUACAUUCAAGAGUACCAGCGUGGACAUAUCGGUGUAGAGCCUCUGGCAUUGGCCCUGUUUGAACUCUUCAACACACAUGCCAAGCUGUCAUUACUGGCUGAGGUGCGGACUCUGAUCGCGCCAAAGGAUCUGGAGCGCUUUGAUGGGCAGGUGUUAAAUCGUGAGAUGGAGGCGUGGAGAGCUCGGCACGGAGGUCCGGGCGUGCUGCAUCCUGACUCUAUUAGCAUUUCUCUUCCAGAGGGCCACAGUCCGACCUGCCAGCUGAAACCUUCAGUUCCCAUGUGCAGCAAGAGCGACUGCAGAUUAGAUGGAAUUCUGAUGCCCGUUGAGUGUCUAAAUUCUCUUCCUGACAUUGCUUUGGACAAAGUGGAGUCACCCCCCUCUUUCAAGCCCCCUCCUCCACCUUCUCAAGGCCACGUUCGACAUGCCAGCCCUAAAACUCAGACCAAACGGCCUUCGUCCAAGCUGUCCCAGACAAACCUGUUCUUUACUGCCCCCUGUAGGCGGCAUCAAGAAAACCAAACCCACAAUCAUCCCCACACGCACUCGCCCUGCUCGGGCCACGUCUCCCCAUGUACCAUCCACCACACUUGUUCCACCUGCUCCGUUGUUCACACUCCUCCGCCCUGUUCUCGUCGUCACAACUCUCCGCGAUCAUCCUAUCAUGCCAGCUCUUCCUCUGGAGCACCGACCAGAGAUCUGGUUCAGUUUCUGAUGAGCCGGCAAGCAGCAGCGCUUUCCCCACAUUCAGAGUCUCCAAACCGUUCACGAGAAGGCACACCCGUGAUCUCUCCCCGCUCCUCUCCAUCUAUUUCGCCUUCGCUGCUAAUGCCUGGACCCCCACCAUGUAGUCCUGAGAAGUUGGAGGGCUCCCCCUUAACACACAACUGCGUGGCAAAACAUAGCAGCCCGCUACACCUGGAGCCAGAGACAACGGAGGAGAGACCCCAGCCCCAGCUAAGAGGAGCCACACUGUCUCAGCUGUCAGACAGCGGGCAGACUUUGAGUGAGGACAGUGGAGUGGAUAUCGCGGAGGCCGGAGGGUUGAGCAAGGACAGCAGUCCACGGCCAGGUAAACCUCCAUUCCUGCAGCACAUCGGGGACGCGCGCAGAGUAGAGGGACUCGCGCAGAUAUCCGCAAAACAGAUGGAAAUAAUGGAGCCUACUCAUGUACGGGUGCCCAAAUGUGCCAGUACCCUGGGUAUUGCUGUUGAAGGGGGUGCCAACACCAGACAGCCUAUGCCACGCAUUGUGACCAUACAGAAAGGGGGCUCUGCUCACAUCUCUGGGCUGUUACGGGUGGGUCAGGUGAUUUUGGAGGUGAACGGAGUGUCGCUCAGGGGCAUGGAGCACCGGGACGCGACUCGGGUCAUCGCAGAGGCCUUUAAGACCAAAGACAAAGAUCACGUGGACUUCUUGAUCGCAGAGUUCAACGCCGCACUGUAGAAGUCAACUUUGCAUACCAGACGAUGCUGCAGAUACCCGGAGGGGACGAAUGAGUCAUGCUUGUCAUAUCUUUAUCACAAACAGCUUUGAGUUCAAGAGCCAACAAACACCCACUUCACGUCUGCAUUGUCGCUACAACAGCGACCGGUCAGACUGUCGUGCCUGGUUAUGACUCUCACCGCACGUAAAUACUGCAAUAUCUGCGCAUGAAACUGGAUGAAUGUGAUUGGACAAGAUCUGGGGUCUUAUCUGUCCCAUUCACAUACAUUAUAUAUCCAAAGCCACAGCAUUUAUCUACAGUCUCCUCUUGCCUCAAGGAACAAUGGACAGCAUUUAAAAUGCAAAUCUUGUGUUUUAUGGUACUGUAGAUUAACUAUAAAACAAAGAAAUUAGUCUUUAAACUGACUCAGACUGUUUAUAUAAUCAACCAUAUCAAAUCAAAUUCAACAAUAUUAAGAUACAUAGAGUAAAAAGUUCAUCCCGGGUUACAAUGCGCAGCAAAACAAACCCUUAUGUUACAUAAAAUAAAUUUCUUACAUUGUUUAUAUAACUAAGAUGAGGUAUAAUGAUAUGUGCCUGGUAAUGAGAGACGUUAAUGCGUAUCGCCAUCUUUGUUUUGUUGUUUCUUGAUACUGAAAGUCUUUACUAUAUAUUCGGUUGUGAUGAGAACUGAAUUUAGAGAAUUAGAGAACCAAAUAGAUGUUUCUACUUGAAUAUUUGACUACAGGAUGAAAAUAUUUAAGGACAGACAGCGAGAGGAGCUGGAUGCCUCUCAUAGCCGCGUCCCUUCUCACAAAAACACAUCAGUUGUUAAUGUGUGCAUAUCUCACAGACAGGUUUUGGAGAGCUAUUGUAGACAGGAGUAUUUUUGGAAUAGAGCAGAUGUAAAAUAUAAAGGUUUACUUUUUAUGCAAAUGCACGGCUCUUGAUUAUGCAAGAUACAGAGUUACUGUACAUAGGUGAAAUAAUGUAAAGCUGUACAUAUUUUAUUUAUGUAACAUAUUUUGCACAUACUGUUAAUAAAAUAUUUAUCUAAAACAUACAAUGUCCUUAAAUCGAACCAAAAGUUCAUUUAGAGUAUAAGCUUUACAGUCCUAAAAAUGGAUCACCAUCAUUCUAAUAGUUUCUCUCUUCAGUUUUUGCUUGUCAUUUGUACAUUGUCACUGUACUUUGCAAUGUGUAAUACAUAGUACUGUAACUUUACACACAGGACUGGUGGUACUCAUAUGUAGACCAGCAGUGUACAUUUAACACUGGUGAUUUUGCUGUGCAGGACCUGCAGUAUCAUAGAUUAAUACCAGAGCAACACUAUAUAAACACGGUGCACAGUAGAGAGUAUUUUGCCUGAAAUAUUUAUGAUUCCUUCCAAGAUGGAACAGUGAAUGAAAUCAAUGUUUAAAGACUGAAGAUAAAUAUCUGUACAUUUCU